CUAGGUCGCCAAAAACAACGGCCAGGCCGCGGCCAGGGUUGGCAAAAGUGGGUGACGGGGUUGGCGUGGUAUAAAAGGCGAUGGGGAGCGUCGGAAAGGCAUCAGUCCAGCAGUGACGAUCAACGAGACACCAUCGCAUCUCCCCCGUGCAUCAUGAUGAAGUUGUUUGUGUUGGCUGCCCUGGUGGCUGCGGCCCAGGCUGGCUUCCUGCACGACCACGUCGACCUGGACGACGGUCCCGCACUGUCCUACGCCUCCAGCUACAGCCACAGCUACGCCCCGUCCAUCGCCUACUCUGCUCCGAUCAUCAGAGCCGCCCCGAUCGCCUACUCCACCCCCAUCGUCAAGUCCUACUCCACCCCCAUCGUGAGGACCUACUCGACCCCCAUCGUCAAGUCCUACUCCACCCCCAUCGUGAGGACCUACUCCACCCUAUCGUCAAGUCCUACUCCACCCCCAUCGUGAGGACUUACCCCAUCGUCAAGUCGUACUCCACCCCCUCGUCAGGACUUACCCCAUCGUCAAGUCGUACCCAAUCAUCAAGUCCUACUCCGCCCCCCUCGCCUACAGCGCCUACUCGUCCUCUGACUUCGACCUCCCUUUGGACACCGGCUACUCGUCCUGGUAA